AUGGUUCAACGGAGAGUCGGUCUGAGUAAAAAUGUCAAAACAUCACCACUUCUCAGCAACUUCAGGCAUGCCGUCGAGAAGAGGAUUAUACCGCCGAUGAGAAAAACGCCAAAGGUGGCCGUAGCGGUAGAUGAUCCGCCUGUGUCAAGUGACGAAGAGGAGGAAGACGAUGGACAGAUCGACCCCUUUGCCGACAAAGACGGGGCUUCUGGCAGGGAUGCAGCAUCAUCGUCGAAAGGCAAUGCGGACGCACUCCUGGAUAGCUCUGCUAGUUCAGGAGAUGAGUCGAAGGCACGAGGAAGAAUAAAACAGACACGGUUUGGACGAUCCCGAGAGACUGCGACGUCCCCACGAGGGGUGAGACGAAAGAGUGAAGAGGCGGAAUGUGCGGAAGCUUCUGGCGGGAAGCGGAGGCGACUGAGCGGUGCUUCUUCUGCUCACGAACGAAUGGCGACGUCGAAAACACCCGCGGGUGCCGAGGAGAAUAUCGUUAGUGAUCUGGGCUUUGCCAGGGUCAAAUCAGCCAGGUCAACGUACGGCAGGAAGAAACCCAGUUCCCAGGAGGUAGCCAAGGACAGGAGAGCUGUCAUGGCGUCCAAAGCAACACUGCAAGUUCCCGCCAUGCCCGAAAGCCCCGAGAAGGCCGAGACGAGCAGGAGAAGACUGCUUCUUCCCAGUCAGCUGGCCCCUAUGUCACCCAAGAGGAUGGGGGCAAAACUUGUCACUGAACGGCAGGAUGACGAGGUUAUUGGCACCAUCCUUUCGUCGCCGAAGAAGGCGAAGCCCGUUUUGAAUCAGAUUCCCUUGCUCGAGUCGCCACUGCCGUCCGGAAAGCUAAUAACAAAAACGUGGCCUCGGAAGAAGCGUGUGGAAGCACCAAGGUCUCCGACACCUCCUCGAGCCGUAUUCAAAAUGCCCGCCCAGUUUGCCGAUCUCGGGGAUUGCGCCGGUGACGCGAAAGAUGGGCCAGGCGUGGUACUGGACGAUAAUAGUUCCGAUGCUCGGAAUGAGGAAAAGUCGGAUAGUGAGCCCGUGGAUGAAGUGGCACAAAAGUCGGUGGCUUCGACCCUGCCUGUAUGUCCGUGGUGCAACGAGCCUGUUGAUCGGUUACUCUUGGCCGAGUUCUCCAAAGGGAAGCGGAUGAAUGUGCGGCAACAGAGCAGAUUCUGUCAUAAGCACCGAAAGCAAACGGCGAAGACAAUCUGGCAAGAGCGAGACUAUCCCAACGUCGACUGGGAUCACCUGGAGAGGCGAUUUUCGGAACACCGUAGUUCGCUGCUGGAGAUUGUCAACGGCAAACCGUCGCAUUUCCGUGCCGUGCUGGCUGUCAAGAUUGCGUCUGGCCAGGCGCGGUCCAUGAAGAAGGAGGAGAAUUUGAACCCUGGAUACUACGGGCCCCGCGGUUUCAACCUCAUGUGCGAUUACCUCGUCGACGAAUUCGGCAGCCUGCUCAAGGAGAAGGCUGUGGACGAUCGGGUGAUUGCGGGCCGCGGAUCGGCAGCCUUCAUCCAGUCUGUGCUGGUCGCCGAACUGGCCGUGCAUUUGAUCAGGGACGACAUGAGAGUUUCCGACGAAGAGGCCAGGGUGAUACUGGAGGAGAGCCGGGCGCUCGGAGAGAUUGUUCACGAAGAAGAGUGA